AUGGAACUCAAUGGUAGCAGUUCAAAUGUCCACCAGAAAUGCUCUUCGGAGGGUUCACGUGAUGCCAGCAAAAAGCCCACUGAGAAAGAAGUCUUCAUCAACCAUGGCAUUCAAGUGUCUUCUGAGAUAGCUUGGCAUCAAAUGAGGAAAGAAUGGGUUGGUAAUCGAUCUAAAAAAUUUGAAAGACCACCUAAAGAUUCAAUUGUGAGCUUGACAACAAGUUAUGAGGAUCUGCUUUUAUCUACAGAGCCUUUUCAGCAGCCAAUAUCAUUAACUCACCAUGAAGAAGAACAAAAAAUGAAUAGUUUGAAAGCAGUGUUAGCAUCAUGCAAAACCAUUCGGCAAGCCCUCCAAAUCCAAGCCCACACGGUGGUGAUAGGGCGCCACCACGACCCUUUCCUCAUGACUCCACUCAUCUCCUUCUUCGCCACCAACAACCUCCACCAUUCCCACCUUCUCUUCUCCCAAAUCCCCAACCCUGACCUCUUCCUCUUCAACCUCCUCAUCAGAGCCUUCUCUCUCUCCCACACCCCCCACCACGCCCUCUCUCUCUACAGGUCAAUGCUUUCUUCCUCCCCGCCCAUCUCCCCCGACUCCUUCACCUUCCCAUUCCUUCUUAAAUCCUGCGCCAAGCUAUCGCUUCCCAAACUCGCUCUUCAGCUUCACUCCCACGUUAUAAAAAGUGGGUUUGAGUCAAGUGUUUUCGUUGUCAACGCUCUCUUGCAAUUAUAUUUUGUUUUCGGGGAUGCUCGCAAUGCGUGCCGGGUGUUCGAUGGAAGUCCUGUGAGGGACUGCGUUUCGUAUAACACGAUGAUUAAUGGGUUUGUGCGAGCGGGUCGUGCUGGUUGUUCGAUGAGGGUUUUUGGGGAGAUGAGAGACAAUCGUUUUGAGGUUGAUGAGUAUACCCUCGUUGCCUUGUUGUCCGCUUGUUCGUCCUUGGAGGAUAAUGGGACUGGGAGAGUGGUGCAUGGCUUGGUGUAUAGGAAAUUGGGUCGUGUAGGUGAGAAUGAGUUGUUGAUGAAUGCGCUUGUUGAUAUGUACGCGAAAUGUGGGUGCUUGGAGGUGGCUGAGAAAGUUGUGAGUUGUGCGAAUGGGAAGAGUGGUAUUGCGGCUUGGACUUCUUUGGUGAGUGCAUAUGCUUUGCGCGGGGAAGUUGAGGUUGCGAGAAGGUUUUUUGAUCAAAUGGGUGAGAGAGAUGUGGUUUCUUGGACGGCUAUGAUUAGUGGUUACUGUCAUGCUGGGUUUUUUCAGGAAGCAUUGGAAUUGUUUGUGGAGUUUGAGGGUUUGGUGAUGGAACCGGACGAGGUUGCUGUAGUUUCUGCUCUUUCGGCGUGUGCGCGGCUAGGUGCCCUUGAGUUGGGAAGAAAGAUUCACCACAAGUAUGAUAGUGGGAGUUGGCAGUGUGGUCGGCACAGAGGAUUCACUUGUGCUGUUGUGGAUAUGUAUGCCAAGUGUGGAAGCAUAGACACUGCUUUGGAUGUGUUUUGUAGAACAAGUGAUGAUGUGAGAACUAAUUUUCUCUAUAACUCUAUUUUGUCUGGCCUUGCUCAUCAUGGCCUUGGUGAACAUGCUAUGGCUGUGUUUGAAGAGAUGAGGUUGCUAGGACUAGAACCGGAUGAGGUCACAUUUGUGGCACUAUUAUGUGCUUGUGGGCAUAACGGUUUGGUUAAUGAUGGCAAGAGGCUGUUUGAGUCUAUGUUGACUGUGUAUGGUGUCAGUCCACAAAUGGAGCAUUAUGGAUGUAUGGUUGACCUUCUUGGUAGGGCUGGUCGUUUGAAUGAAGCAUAUUGUUUGAUUCAGAAUAUGCCGUUCAAGGCCAAUGCUGUGAUAUGGAGAUCACUGUUGAGUGCUGGCAAAGUACAUGGAGAUGUGGAAUUGGCUAGACUUGCCAGCCAACAGCUUCUUGCGAUGGAGCAUGAUCAUGGAGCCCGUUACGUGAUGCUAUCUAAUAUGCUAACUCUCAUGGAUAAGCAUGAUGAAGCUGCAAGUGUGAGAAAGGCAAUUGAUGAUGUUGGUAUCCAGAAGCCACCUGGUUGGAGCUAUGUGGAGGUGAAUGGAGCCCUUCACAAAUUUCUGGCUGGCGACAUGUCUCACCCCGAGGCCAAAGCGACUGAGCUGAUGCUCAGGAGCGUUGAUAUGGGACUUAAAUCUGUUGGGCAUGUUAUUAGCGCAUAA